AUGGGGAAAAAGGAAGUGAGCAAGGACAGCGCCUCGCAGCCUGGAGUGCAUUAUCCGUUCUGGUUCGGAGGCUCAGCUUCAUGCUGUGCGGCGGGGGUGACACAUCCCUUGGAUCUUGUUAUACAGGUCCGGCUACAAACUCGAGGGCCAAAUGACCCAGCCGGAAUGCUCCGGACCAUAGUUCAUAUAUGCAAAAACGAAGGGUUUUUAGGACUCUACAAUGGACUCUCUGCCUCUGUUCUACGACAGUUGACAUAUUCAACGACUCGGUUCGGGGUGUAUGAGGAACUCAAGACGCGAGUCAACGAGGCAUCCCCUUCAUCUCCCCCAUCUCUGCCUACGCUGAUUGCCAUGGCAUCGCUAUCCGGCUUCCUGGGCGGACUGGUAGGUAACCCCGCAGACGUAUUGAACGUACGAAUGCAAUCAGAUGCCGGCCUUCCUCCUGAGAAGAGAAGGAACUAUAAGCAUGCGCUUGACGGGCUAGCUCGGAUGAUACGCUCAGAGGGCAUCAGCAGUGCCUUUCGAGGUGUUUGGCCUAACUCGGCGAGGGCAGUGCUGAUGACUGCCUCACAGCUGGCUACCUAUGACACGUUCAAAGGUAUAUGUAUCGGCAACUUGGGCAUGAAAGAUAACCUGACGACGCAUUUUACGUCUUCGUUCAUGGCCGGGUUUGUAGCCACGUCUGUGUGCAGCCCUGUGGACGUGAUAAAGACUAGAAUCAUGCAUGCCAGUCCUGCAGAGAGUAAAGGACAGAGCCUCGUUGGGCUGCUGAGAGACGUGUUUAAGAAAGAAGGGUUUACUUGGAUGUUCAGAGGAUGGACGCCUAGCUUCAUCCGGCUUGGGCCACAUACCAUUGCUACGUUUCUGUUCCUGGAACAGCAUAAGAAGGUAUACCGUGCCUUGAAGGGGGUUAAAUCAGAGACAUCGAUCUAG